ACUGUUAGCUUGUGGCUCCGCGCAAACGGUCACACCCUCAUUUUGCACCGAAAAUAAUUGCAAUUUGGUAAAUAAACGCGACAAUUGGAAACAAAUCGGCCAGGAGCGGGCGAAACUGCAACCCUGGAUUUGCGGAAGCAGCUAUGGUUGGGAAAAACUUCAAGGCUCUAGCGCACUUCCACCGCCUGACCGAGUACAUAGUUCAGUGCAAGCAUUGCGACAAGACGUUGUCCUCCAAACACACAUCCUCCAACUUGACGCGCCAUUUAAUCCGGAACCACAAGCUCCUGGCCCGCACGAUUUUCGCCGGCGAGGAGGGUAAGAUGCUGGCGGAGCUGAAGGACGAGCUGGAAGCAUCCGCCUCAGAGGACCUAAGCAUGGAGCUCACAGAGGGCGAGGGCGAGACCAAGUCUGCGGUGCGCGGCAUCAUGAGCGUGAAGCGGGAACAGGAGCAGAUGGAGCGGCACAGCCAGGAGGAAAUGCGCAACAAGGUCAUUGGGAAGAACAACAAGCUUUGGGCCCACUUCAUCCGCAUCUCUGAAUUCAUGGCCAAAUGCAUGCAUUGUGGCAAGACGCUUUCCUCGAAGCACUCCUCCUCCAAUCUAAUGCGCCACAUCGUGCGUCGCCACACCAGCCUUGCCAAGACGCUAAACCACUCGCACCAGCACCUCAUGACACCCAAAAAGGACUCCUACAGCAACCUAGAGCGUAGGCAGGCGGCUGAUCCCCUGGAAAAAGUGAAUUUUGACGAUGUGGACAGCAUCAUCGAGAAGGUGGCCGAUCACCUGGACGAAGAGGUCACUUCGAUUUCGCUACAGGAACCCUUCUACGAGUACGUUGUGGACAACUCCGACUCCGUGGUGGUGGACAGGUGCGAGGAGCAGGAGCCAGCGGAUAUGCAGAACAUGAUUCCGCCGGACAGCGCCUCGUUGGCGGAGUCCACCACCCAGCUGGACGAGAAACUCAAGGCGGAAACGAUAUACUACAACGAGAUGGCCGAGUUGGCCAGGGCCAAGCGCCGGCUCAUUGAUCUGCAGACCAAGAAGCUGCUCCUGGACAUGAACGUGGUAGACAACUAGCCCACCGACGAUUGGAACGGCUUGUAUUUGUAGGUGGAUAAGGCGGGCAAUAUGAUAAUUUACACUUAGGUUUGAUUAUACUUUUAACGACUUUA